AUGCUCCCAAAAUUAAGCGAAAAUCCAAAGAUAACUUGCCAAUGCGGCACCAUUUCCCUCAUAGCCUCGCGCGCUGAACCUCUCAGCAAAUAUGUAUGCCACUGCACGGAAUGCCAGAAACAAUCGGCUUCCGCGUUUGGUACCUCUGCCAUCUUCCCAUCUGAGGGCAUGUGGCCAUUCCCGAAACAUUUACAACAACAUAUUGGCAUGUGGGCCAGGCAAGCAGAUUCCGGCAACACAGUAGAGUGCUAUUUCUGCAAAGUGUGUGGCGUUCGUAUCCUGCAUCGGGUAAUCUUCAAAGAUGGUACGCCUAGGCCCUCACUUGCGGUCAAAGGUGGCUGCGUCGAAGGUUUUAAUCUGGAGGGUGCCAGGCAUAUUUAUACAAGGUCGGCUUUGGUGCCUGUGCCGGAGGGCAGUGAGCCAGGAGCGCCACGUGUGAAGCCAUGA